AUUGACCUUUUGAAGGAGAGCCUUUUGCAUUUCAUAUUCUGUGGUCCGCAACACACGAUGGCAACUGUACAGUAAUUCACAGAAACAGACACCCCCUUCAAAACUCACAAGUGCAUCUCUCUCUCUCUCUCUCUCUCUCUCAUAUACAAAGCCAAAGGAGAAUAAGUAAUAAGUUGUAGAAGUGGGAAGAAAAGAGCCAGGGUAAGAAGAGGAGUUUCAGUGUUCAUUAGAGACCUGUUUAAAUGUUGGUAAGCAGUGAUCUGCAAGAUUUGUUGGGGGCCUGAGAAACGAUGCCAAACCAGCUAUGGUUUGCUCUGCUAAUGAUUUACAGGAGUGGAAAGACUUUCCUAAGGGACUCAGGGUGCUUCUUGUUGAUGGAGACAGCAAUUCAGCUGAAGAGAUAAGAUCAAAGCUUGAGGCAAUGGAUUAUAUUGUUUCUACAUUCUGCAAUGAGAAUGAAGCUUUGUCAGCAAUUUUAAACAAGCCUGUAAGCUUUCAUGUUGCUAUUGUGGAGGUGGGAACAAGCGACAGCCAUGGGAGUUUCAAAUUUCUCGAAACUGCUAAGGACUUGCCAACCAUUAUGACUUCAAACAUUCAUUGCCUGAGCACCAUGAUGAAGUGCAUAGCGCUAGGUGCAGUUGAGUUCUUGCGGAAGCCACUUUCUGAGGAGAAACUCAGGAAUAUUUGGCAGCAUGUGGUUCACAAGGCAUUCAAUGCUGGGGGUAGCAACCUCUCUGAAUCACUAAAGCCUGUCAAAGAGUCUGUAGUGUCCAUGCUGCAGCUACAAGUGGAAAAUGGAGAACCUGAGAAUAGAAUAUCAAUGGAAACUGAAAAUGAGUCCCUUGUUCAUGAAAAUGACAAGGAGCACUCAGCAGGAAGUGAUAAGUACCCAGCUCCUUCGACCCCACAAUUGAAACAGGGAACACGGUUACUGGAUGAUGGGGAUUGCCAAGAUCAAACUAACUGCUCAACAGAAAAAGAGAUCGGUGAGCAAGAUGGGGAAUCUAAAUCUGUCGAAACUACUUGUGGUGAUUCAAUUUGUGUAGGCACUCUUCAGGAGGACAAACUUCAAAUACCAGAAAAGAAUCUGGUCAAAGAGGAAGAGGAGUCUGCUGAUGGUUUUAAAAGUGAGAGAAAGGUGUCUCAUCACCUACAUAAUAUAGAUAGUCUCAGCAACAAAGGAGAUGAUUGUGCUGAAAAACCAAUUAAACCAUCUCAACCUCAUAAUUCAUGUGGGGCUAGAUCUAAUCGGAAGAAGAUGAAGGUAGACUGGACACAAGAACUGCACAAGAAGUUUGUGCAUGCAGUGGAGCAACUAGGUGUUGAUCAUGCCAUUCCUUCUCGGAUACUAGAGCUCAUGAAAGUGGAAGGUUUAACAAGGCAUAAUGUAGCAAGCCAUCUCCAGAAAUACCGAAUGCACAGAAGACAUAUCUUGCCCAAGGAACAAGAACGGAGAUGGCCGCGUACAAGAGAUCUAAUGCAGAGAAAUUAUUAUCAACAGAGACCAGUCAUGGCUUACCCUCCCUAUCACUCUAAUCACACCCUCUCCACAGCUCCGAUUUAUCCCGUAUGGGGACAACCUGGCAGUCAACAAGCUGGAGCCCAAUUGUGGGGUCAACCUGGCUAUCCUGCAUGGCAACCAACAAAUAAUUGGCAUUGGAACCCUUAUCCAGGGAUGCCUGCUGAUCAUGCUUGGGGCUGCCCUGUUGUGCCACCUACACAUCACCCUUAUACCUCCUACCCUCAAAAUGCUGCAGAAUUUUAUCAUGCUGGUGCAGUUGAUAAUAGUUGUGGCAUGCCACCUGUUGACCAUCAUCCGGAAGAGGAGGUAAUUGACAAGGUUGUGAAAGAGGCAAUUGGCAAGCCAUGGCUACCCUUACCCUUGGGGCUCAAGCCUCCUUCCACUGAUAGUGUACUAGCUGAGCUCUGCAAGCAAGGCAUCUCCACCAUCCCCCCUAACAUCAACAGCUCAAAACCCAGAUGACGUGGCAACACGUCACCGAGUCCCACUUAGAGUUAUUAUGUCAUGUUGUUUCAAUGCAAUCCUUAACCUAUUAAUCUUCCCUCUCUUCAAAUUUUACAAUUGUGGAUGGUCAAUUUCAAUUUACAAACCUACUAAUAAUUUUUUAUCAUACGCUUACAGUUGUAUAAGUCAGUAAGUCGGGAAAUUGGGUCGCAAGUGUAUUCGUAGUACCAAAUUUUGACAGGUGUCAAAGGUCCUGAUUGGUCUGGUCUGAGCUGAGCACCAUCUGAUUCUGAUCUCCAGUUGUUCCCCGGUUCCCUCCACCAAACACCCCAACAAAAACACCGCACGCGCCCUUGCUGCGCGUGGGAGAUGCGCCUAAGAGCUAACGUAAGGUGGUACGUAGACACAAGAAGAAAAGGACAUUGAUCGUAUCCAUCGCCACAGCAUUAAAAUCAGAGUGGGCAGCCUUUUAAUUUUGGACGGUCCAGAACCGGCCACGUAUGUAUGUGAAAAAUCUGUGGUUGUAAAUAAACAAUAGUUGCUGACAAGAGCUGUCGUGGUUGCUGUUGUUGAAUGUGGUGGGACCCGUGUGAAUUAAUCUGAUCUGAUCUGAUCUAACGUGCAGACUGCAGGGUGAGUGUUGGACGGUGAUUGAUCACGAGUGUCCUUUUUCAUUGUGGGGUCCACUCUAUCUAAUAAUGCUAGGACCAAUGGGGUAGGGACUCUUGUGAAUAAAAAAGUUUGACUUUUUUUUAUUUUAUUUUUUUGUUGAGAGAUGAGUGGAAUGCUGGCUUGUUUCUGUCUCCUCAAGAAAUGAUGACAUAUGAUAUGACAAAUGCAGGCCAUUUCUUGUA